AUGGUUCUAAGAGAAGCCCAGUCGAAGCUUGAAUCUGAACUAGACGUUCUGAAAUCGCAAAUCAAAGACAUUUUGUCCGAAAACCGAAAAUUAAAAGAAAAUAUGAACCGGUUUGAGAAAGAAAUAUCCCGAAUGAGAAACACGAAGCUCAAGGCUGAAGACAAGGAUUUCUUUAAGAAUAGCACUGGCAAAUACGGUUUUAGUAAGCACCCUCAGCAGCAAAGACGCGGAUCACAAAACAGAGAGCGUUUGCUGGGAUCAACCACCGGGAUACCAGUUAGUUCGCCAGUAGCAUUUACAGCAUGGGUAUCAGCAAAUGUCGUCAAUCCCGGGGAUGGACACACUUUCGUUUAUGAUCAUACAGUCACCAAUAUUGGAAACGCUUACAAUAACCAUAACGGCAUGUUCACUGCCACAGUCAAGGGCAUUUAUGCCUUUUACGCGUCUAUUCUCUCAGCGGCUGGCAAGUCCGUGGAGGUAGAAAUAGUUCGAAACAGCAUCGUUUUCUGUAGUCUAUUCAGUGGGGAUAUGGACUUUUGGGGCCCAGGAUUCAAUAUGGCUAUUAUUGAAUUAAACGUGGGAGAUGCUGUUUGGUCUCGGUGCUCUGUGUCUAUAGAGGUCAAUGUAACACAGUCACGGUGCUCUGUGACCAUAGAGGUCAAUGUAACACAGUCACGGUGCUCUGUGACCAUAGAGGUAAAUGUAACACAGUCUCGGUACUCUGUGACCUAA